AUGAAAUCCGCUGCACAAAUUGUUCUCCUUUAUCUUUCUAUAGCUGCUUGCAAUGUUGCUGCAAAGGUAUUACCUGAUCGGCGGCAGCCAGCUAGCCCACAGCAAAGCGGUGCAAUAGGUUAG